GGAGCGUUUUGGACGAAAAGUCGUGCAAUUGCGAAGUUUAAGCUCGAUCUUCAAACAUGUUUCGUACUGUUCUUGUUCUCCUGUUCACCGCCAUUGUCUACAUUGACAUGUGCGAAGGUUCUGCGGACAAUUGUGGCGAUAAUGAAGUGCUCACGAAGUGCCCACUCUCGCAUGAACAGAGAUGCGGUGAACCGCCAUCCAACUGCUUGGGGAACUGCGAUGCAGAGCCUGCCUGUCAAUGUAAGCCAUUAUACGUGAGGAAUUCCGCGGAAGUGUGUGUCCUUCCCACGCAAUGUUAAUUAAGGAAACUUCGUCUCGUUGGCUGCUUCAGGAAGUUUAUGGAUAACGAAUAGGUGCAAGGUUAUGGUUGGCAAUAAAUGAUAUUGUAAUUACUGCACUAGUGUCUUAAGCUCAUUUAAUCCUGUGCGUAUAAAAAAUGCUGAACUCCAUAUUACAUUUGAAUUCGAUGUUACAUAUUCUGAUGUCGGGAUCUGAUCUUACUGCAUAAAAUGCAGCUGCGCAUUCAUUGUGAUCGAAGUUGCUCGGUACGUCCGUUGUUCUAUCGUUCACGUUGUCAAUUUUGUACUACCUUAAAACGCAUGCAUUUGUAAUAUUAUGCGUAACACACUGUAAUUAAUUAUAAGUUAAAAUAAGGUAUACUAAUAUGUGUACAAGAAAUCAAUAAAGGACUUUAAUAAUG